AGAGCUGUGAUUUGUCGUAAAAAGACUGAAAAGUGUUUUAUAGCAACGCGAGAUGAGGAAGGGGCCUAGCUGAGAUUUUAUUUACACUGCAUGUGUGUGUGUGUGUGACGGACACACUGGUUGUUUGUGUGCCAGUUUAUUACCGCAUUAAGCCAUUUGUUGAACAUCGACUACGGAUGCUCGGCUAUGCGUUGUUGUCGUCGUCGGUUUGACGCGGGGAGGCCCACGGAGGCACAUCCAUGAAACCAUGAGUCCUCCAGCUCUGCCCGUCGUCUUCUGCUGUUGUCACAGGAAAAUCUGGUUGCAUUCACCAGUAGGAGGUGAGGACGACAUCUCCGCUUUCCACCCGAUUAUUAUCUGCCCCCGGAUGAUGCUAUGGAAGGACGAGCAUAAUGAAUAGAUACACAACCAUCAGACAGCUCGGGGAUGGCACCUACGGCUCAGUCAUCCUCGGCCGCAGUCUGGAGUCGGGAGAGCUGGUCGCCAUAAAGAAAAUGAAGAGAAAGUUUUACUCUUGGGAAGAAUGCAUGAACCUUCGUGAAGUCAAGUCCCUGAAGAAACUCAACCAUGCGAACGUGAUCAAGCUUAAGGAGGUGAUUCGAGAAAACGAUCACUUGUACUUUAUUUUUGAGUACAUGAAGGAAAACCUUUACCAGCUAAUGAAAGAUAGGACCCGGUUGUUUCCUGAAUCUGCUGUAAGGAACAUUAUGUUUCAGAUACUUCAAGGGCUCGCAUUCAUUCAUAAACAUGGGUUUUUUCACAGGGACAUGAAACCGGAGAACCUCCUGUGCAUGGGCCCAGAGCUGGUGAAAAUAGCCGACUUCGGACUCGCGCGUGAGAUCAGAUCUCGACCGCCGUACACGGACUACGUCUCAACCAGAUGGUACAGAGCUCCAGAGGUGCUUCUCCGAUCCACGUCCUACAGUUCGCCCAUAGACCAGUGGGCGGUCGGCUGCAUCAUGGCGGAGCUCUACACCCUCAGGCCUCUUUUCCCAGGCUCCAGUGAAGUAGACACCAUAUUCAAGAUUUGCCAAGUCUUGGGUACGCCGAAGAAGACCGAUUGGCCGGAGGGAUUCCAGUUGGCUAGUGCUAUGAAUUUCCGUUGGCCUCAGUGUGUCCCCAGUAACCUGAAGACACUGAUCCCCAAUGCGAGCCCUGAAGCCAUCCAUCUGAUGACUGACCUGCUCCAGUGGGAUCCCAAGAAGAGACCAGGUUCAGCCCAGGCUCUCAGGUACUCGUACUUUCACGUGGGCCAGGCUUUGGGCACUCCUCAGCAGAUCCUGGAGCAGGGCAGGCCUCACCCGGGCCACGUGCCGCUACAGGCGCCCUUGCAGCCACAGCAGACACAGCUGCAGCAGCAGCAGCAGCAGCACCAGCACCAGCACCAGCAGCCUCUGCUGCUCAAGCCCGUGCCCCCUCCCCAGCCUCCGCCCCCCAACCAGCACUGCCCCCCGCCCAGGCCGCUCCAGCAGAUCCAGCCCUCGUCCGCGUCGGCCGCCGCCCAGGCCGCGGCGUACCAGCGGCACACGGAGCUGGUGCGAGAGCAGCAGCAGCCAAAGCACAUCCUGAAGCCGGAGCAGACGGAAGGAACGCCGCAGGGCCGCCUUCCUUACAUCGUCGACAAGAGUCUGCCAGGCAAGCAAACGAGGCAGGAGUCAGAAAAUGCAAAUCUGCUGGGAUAUCAGUUGAAACCCAAAGGAGGAGGGCGGCGGCGUUGGGGUCACCUUAAGGGUGAAGACUGGGACGACUACGAGGAAACUGAUCUGACGUCUAUAAGCAUUCUCGGGAAAAGUAACUUCUCCACAGAGAAGCCGAGGCAGGGGGAAGAUGCACUGAGCAGAUAUGGAAACGUUCUGGAUUUCAGUCGACCCAGUGGAAAGGAGGACGCACCUUUAAACCUGAACAAGGCGGCAGCUUAUCAAGAGCCAUCGAGGACCGCCUCCGCUAAACAACAUUACCUGAGGCAGUCCAGAUAUUUACCCGGCAUAAGUACAAAGAAGAACGUGGCCAUAAAUGCCAGUAAAGACUUCAGUGGAAGCCAUCUUUGGGGUGGCAGCAGUAUACCAUUCGGGGGAACUCUGCCGAGCAGAGGCGCACAUGGCACAAAUACAAUCCCUGGUGGAUACAUGCCGUCGUUUUACAAAAAAGACAGUGGUUCGGCUGGUCACAGGGGGCAUCAGGGUCCUUCAGCGGAAACGACAGCAUCGAAUUAUGCAACGUGGCGUUCUGGCCGCAGUCAGAUGAACACCUCUUCAAAUGUACCGUUGGCCAACAAGGGCAGCCCCGGUCUGCUACCGCGCCCGCCGCUACAAACGAUUCACGGGCGAACAGACUGGUCUGCCAAAUACGGACACCGCUAGUGGCCUCAGUGGAGCUCUGACCUGUGCCCUAAGAACUCUUAAACCUCCAAAGAGUAGGCCUAGUUGUUUUAUAAUCAAAGCCUGUACAUAAACCUUACACAGCAAUAAAUUUCGUUGCAUCGUGUGUACCAUGGAUGUUGUGAGUUAAGUAUUUAAAUGUAUGGGUAAAUGCAACAGGCCAAAAUGUGACUCGCUCCUCAGUGUUUUAUUUUGUACUUCUGUUAUUUAACUGCUGUCAUGCAGAGGUUAAACCCUCAGUUUUUUUGUAUUUUAUCACUGAAUGUUGUUCAACAACAUGUAUACUUAAUAUGCAUAUUAUAACUUGAUGAAGCCUUCACUGUGACUUGGUUUGGGCUGACUAAUUACUUUGCCUAUGUACAGUAUGCGCAUUUUUUUUUUUUUUUUUUACACUUCUCUCCUUUUUCUUUUACAAUGUUUUCCCUGUCAAUCUGGUUACCAUUAUUUGUGUAUAAGUUUUUGGUCAAUUUCAAGGCAGCACUUUAAUUUCACUGAAGUUGUGGGUCUGUUCAGCAGUAAAAUUAUCCAAGUCACCACCCUCAACCCCUCUCGUGGCCAAACUUGAGUGUGAUUAUUAAAAUGCAGGUUAUCGAGUAUAAUUAAACUUUUGACUCAGUA